UGUAGUUGGUCAACAAGUGACGACUGUUGUUUCAUAUUAGGUGACAAGUGACAACUGAAAGUGUCAUAUUAGGUGAAAGUACAGAAUGUCACCUUUAUGUAUCUAGUUUUCCCAUUUGAAGCAGUCUUAAUUAUUUGGACAAAUACAUUUCAUCAAAGUUUAGAGUUUCGUCCAAUUUUCCGUGAUUACAUCCAGCUUGUGAUUCCACUAACUUGUUGAAUUAAUUUGCAGUUUGUCUUGGUUGUGUUUUAGAUGUUUUUCCUAAUAGAAACUGAAUGGUGAAUAAUGUCCUGUCAUUUUGGAGUCACUUCACUUGUAUUGUCAGUAAGAAUAGAAGAUGUUUCUGAACAAUUCUACAUUCAUGUGGAUGCUACUAUGAUUAUGAAUAAUAAUGAAUAAUAAAUCGUGAAUAAUGACGAACACCAAAGUUAUAGAGGCAUUAAGAUCAGAAAAAAUGGUAACCUCCCUUGUUAUUGGUAAUGGUGAGAGGUUAGUAUGUUUUGUUGUAGCCUCUGUUAUUGGUAAUGGUGAGAGGUUAGUAUGUUUUGUUGUAGCCUCUGUUAUUGGUAAUGGUGAGAGGUUAGUAUGUUUUGUUGUAGCCUCUGUUAUUGGUAAUGGUGAGAGGUUAGCAUGUUUUGUUGUAGCCUCUGUUAUUGGUAAUGGUGAGAGGUUAGUAUGUUUUGUUGUAGCCUCUGUUAUUGGUAAUGGUGAGAGGUUAGUAUGUUUUGUUGUAUCCUCUGUUAUUGGUAAUGGUGAGAGAUUAGCAUGUUUUGAUGUAGCUUCUGUUAUUGGUAAUGGUGAGAGGUUAGUAUGUUUUGCUGUAGCCUCUGUUCUUGGUAAUGAUGAGAGAUUAGCAUGUUUUGAUGUAGCUUCUGUUAUUGGUAAUGGUGAGAGGUUAGCAUGUUUUGUUGUAGCCUCUGUUAUUGGUAAUGGUGAGAGGUUAGUAUGUUUUGUUGUAGCCUCUGUUAUUGGUAAUGGUGAGAGGUUAGUAUGUUUUGUUGUAUCCUCUGUUAUUGGUAAUGGUGAGAGGUUAGCAUGUUUUGUUGUAUCCUCUGUUAUUGGUAAUGGUGAGAGGUUAGUAUGUUUUGCUGUAGCCUCUGUUAUUGGUAAUGGUGAGAGGCUAGCAUGUUUUGUUGUAGCCUCUGUUAUUGGUAAUGGUGAGAGGCUAGCAUGUUUUGUUGUAGCCUCUGUUAUUGGUAAUGGUGAGAGGUUAGCAUGUUUUGUUGCAGCCUCUAUUAUUGGUAAUGGUGAGAGGUUAGUAUGUUUUGUUGUAGCCUCUGUUAUUGGUAAUGGCGAGAGGUUAGCAUGUUUUGUUGUAGCCUCUGUUAUUGGUAAUGAUGAGAGGUUAGCAUGUUUUGUUGUAGUCUGUUAAAUGUAAUGGUGAGAGGUUAGUAUGUUUUGUUGUAGCCUCUGUUAUUGGUAAUGGUGAGAGGUUAGCAUGUUUUGUUGUAGCCUCUGUUAUUGGUAAUGGUGAGAGGUUAGUAGGUUUUGUUGUAGCCUCUGUUAUUGUAAUGGUGAGAGGUUAGUAUGUUUUGUUGUAGCCUCUGUUAUUGGUAAUGGUGAGAGGUUAGCAUGUUUUGUUGUAGCCUCUGUUAUUGGUAAUGGUGAGAGGUUAGUAUGUUUUGUUGUAGUCUCUGUUAUUGGUAAUGGUGAGAGGUUAGCAUGUUUUGUUGUAGCCUCUGUUAUUGGUAAUGGUGAGAGGUUAGCAUGUUUUGUUGUAGCCUCUGUUAUUGUAAUGGUGAGAGGUUAGCAUGUUUUGUUGUAUCCUCUGUUAUUGGUAAUGGUGAGAGGUUAGCAUGUUUUGUUGUAGCCUCUGUAAUUUUCUCACUCAUUGUUAUUCUGGCAUAUAUUCUUGAUUCAUUCAUGAUUU